AUGCCGUCCGCCGGUCUCCAGAUCUUCGGGGUCUUCCUGGCCUCCGUGGGCUUCCUGGGCGACAUCAUCACCUGCGCUCUGCCCAUGUGGAAGGUGUCGGCCUUCAUCGGGAACAACAUCGUGACGGCUCAGACCUUCUGGGAAGGACUGUGGAUGAACUGCGUGAAGCAGAGCACCGGGCAGAUGCAGUGUAAGGUCUACGACUCCAUGCUGGCCCUUCCUCGGGACCUGCAGGCCGCCCGGGCCCUGGUGGUCAUCUCCAUCCUGGUGGUGGUGGUGGGGCUGCUGCUGGCCUUCGCUGGAGGGAAGUGCACCAACUGUAUUGAAGAUGGGAUGGCCAAGAGCAGAGUGGCCAUGGUGGCCGGGGUCUUCCUGCUGGUGGGAGGAGUUCUGUGCCUGAUCCCCGUGUCCUGGUCUGCGCACGAGGUCAUCAGGAACUUCUACAACCCCAUCCUUGGUGACGCUCAGAGGAGGGAGCUGGGCGCCUGCUUGACCUGCGCGCUGCCCAUGUGGCGGGUGUCGGCCUACAUCGGCGCCAACAUCGUGACGGCGCAGGUGUACUGGGAGGGUCUGUGGAUGAGCUGCGUGGUGCAGAGCACCGGCCAGAUGCAGUGCAAGGUCUACGACUCCAUGCUGGCGCUGCCGCAGGACCUGCAGGCCGCCCGCGCCCUCACCGUCAUCACCGUGGUCCUGGGCAUGGUGGCGCUCUUCAUCUCUCUGGUGGGCGCCAAGUGCACCAACUGCAUCGAGGAGGAGUCCGUCAAAGCCCGAGUGAUGGCGGCAUCGGGCGGGGCCUUCAUCACGGCCGCCCUGGCCCAGCUGGUGCCCGUGUCCUGGUCGGCGCACACCAUCGUCGUGGAGUUCUACAGUCCCAUCAUCCCCGCCAGCCAGAAGAUGGAGAUCGGCGCGGCGCUGUACGUGGGCUGGGCGGCGGCGGCGCUGCUGCUGGUGGGCGGCGCCAUCCUGUGCUGCAGCUGCCCCCCACCGGAGGAGAAAGCCCUGAGGUACAGCGUCCACCCUCAGAGCCGCAUCGCCUACUCCGCCGCUCCCCGGUCCGCGGCCCAGAGCUCCUACAACCGCAGGGACUACGUGUGCGUGUGUGUGUCCUCAGCGGGCGACGCCUCUCCACACACCUGCCGUAUAAAGGAUCGGUUUCCUUGGCAGCCGCUCAGAGCAACAUCCCGGGCCACAGCACAGGAGACGAUCAGCAGCGCAGCAGCUUUGAGCGUGUCCACCAUGUCGAUGGGUCUGGAGCUGGUGGGCAUCUCUCUGGGGGUCAUCGGCUUCCUGAUCGCCAUCGUGACCUGCGCCCUGCCCAUGUGGCGGGUGUCGGCCUUCGUGGGCGCCAACAUCAUCACGGCCCAGACCAUCUGGGAGGGUCUGUGGAUGAACUGCGUGACGCAGAGCACGGGCCAGAUGCAGUGCAAGGUCUACGACUCGCUGCUGGCGCUGUCCCAGGAGCUGCAGGCCUCCAGAGCCAUGAUGAUCAUCGCCAUCAUCCUGGGCGUGUUGGGCGUCCUGGUGGCCAUCGUGGGGGCCAAGUGCACCAACUGCAUCGAGGACGCCCCCACCAAAGCCAAGGUCAUGAUCAUCUCCGGGAUCUUCUUCCUACUGGCCGGCCUGCUGGUGCUGAUCCCGGUGUCCUGGAGCGCCAGCGUCAUCAUCCGGGACUUCUACAACCCCAUCGUGACGGCGGGCCAGCGGCGGGAGCUGGGCGCCGCGCUCUACAUCGGCUGGGCGGCGGCGGCGCUGCUGCUGAUCGGCGGCGCGCUGCUGUGCAGCAGCUGUCCGCCCAAGGAGAACAAGUACAAGCCGCCCAGGAUGGCCUACUCCGCCCCGCGCAGCACCGGCACGGGCGGCUACGACCGCAAGGACUACGUCUGAGCGCCGCGCUCUGCCUGUUGCUUUUGUGUGACCGUCCGGAGGGAAACCUCCCCGACAAGACUCCGAGAUGAAGCCACUUCUGAUCUUCUUGCUCUCUUCUGCGCUGUAGGUGGACGGGGGAUGGUCUCCUCCCGAACAUGUGACUUAGAAAUGUGUGUGUCGGUGUCGUGUUCGACAGAAACCUUGGGUUGGAGUGUGAGAUGAAAAGAGCUUGCUCUCCUUUUACAUGGAUUUGAAUGUGUGUGUGUGCGUGCGUGUGUGAGGAACGUUUGCCUGGGAGAGUUUCAGCCCAGACUGAAACUGAGCCGCGGCCUGAGGAGGCAGCUGGAUCCUCCUCCAGUGUCUGUCGUGCCUCGGCUUCUCCCGUCUCAUGACUUCUGUUGUGUCAGUUGUGUUUUGGCUGUUUUUGUACCGACAUGUGCCUCUUUUGUAGCCGAGUGUUGACACAGCAUCGGUGCGGCGCCCGAGGGAAGCCGACGGUUGGAGGAUGUUUGAGUCCAAACAACCAGGAUGUGACAUUCGCAGGUGUAAAUAGAGCAACGUAACGUGUAACUAGUUGUUUUAACCUCGUAUUCAAACAGAUUAAAGUGUGUUUUCAAAUAGCCGUUUCCCCUUCUUUCUCGCUGCUGAGUGACCGGUCGCAGGUGUGGCAGGUGCUCCGAGUCACAUGACCACACCACCUCAUGAGCCUCACGUAAAGCAAAGCCAAGCUCCAGUUUAAACUGUGACGCCACUGUCAAUACAUGGCUUGGCAUGAAGAUCACAGACGAUCUUAGCUGGUCACUCCACACCUCCUCCCUGGCAAAGAAGGCACAGCAGCGUCUGCACUUCCUGAGGCGGAUGAGAAGAGCUUCCCUGCCCCCCCCCAUCCUGACCACCUUCUACAGAGGGACAAUCGAGAGCCUGCUGACCAGCUGCAUCUCCGUCUGCUCUGGGAGCUGCAGUGCAUCAGACUGGAAGUCUCUGCAGAGGGUGGUGAGGACAGCGGAGAAAAUCACCGGGACCCCGCUCCCUGCCAUCAAGGAUAUAGCAGAUGUUCGCUGCUUAUCCAGGGCACAAAGGAUCAUCGCGGACUCUACUCAUCCAAACUAUGCACUGUUCUCCCUCCUGCCAUCUGGCAGACGGUUCCGCAGCAUCCGAUGCAGAACCACCAGAUUCAGGAACAGUUUUGUUCCUGGUGCUGUCAGGUUGCUGAACAUUGGACAAUAGCUGCAGUACUGUUUAUUUGUUCAAUUGUACAUCCUCUGGACUGGCACUUAUCUGUUAUUACUUUAUUAUUAUUUAUCUAUCUAUUUAUUUUUGGACAUUUCGUUUUGUUUUUGGAAACUGGAGGCC